GACCGUUCAUUCCGCUGUGUGGCGGGUCCCGGCGUGAGCGUGGUAGCUGGAGCGACGCUUUCAGGUUCCCUAGCGGCGGGAGGGUCUGGCGAGCGUCGCGCGGCGCCCGGUUUCCCGGGCACCCCCGCCCAAGCCGAGCCACGAUGGACUUCCCUGGCUGCCUCCGCCCCACCUCGUUUACCACUGGCCCCCUGGGGCUGAGCGACGGCCCCGACCUGUCGUUCAUGUGCAGCUGGAGAGAUGCGCUGACCCUGCCGGAGCUGCAGCCCACCAAGGGUGGGCCACCGCCAUGGAGCAAGGACCUGCUGUGGGAGCCGGCCACCCCUGGGCCCCUCCCCCUGCUGCCUCCUGGUCCUGAUCCCUGGGACCCCGGCGUGACUGCCCAGGACCUGCUCUUCCGUGGAGGUUACCAGUACCGCCGGCGGCCCCGGGUCGUGCUGGACGUCACCGAGCAGCUCAGCCGGUUCCUGUGGGACCAUGGCGACAUAGCCUUUGCGCCCCUGGGGAAGCUGAUGCUGGAGAAUUUCGAGCUGGACGGAGACCAGAAACACUCUACGAAGAACGCAGUGGUCCUUGUGAAGAGGCUGCUGGAGGACCUCGGAGGAUACCAGCCCUGGGGGUGCCCCUGGGCGUCCCUCAGCCACCGGCAGCGCCGCUUCUCCUUCCUCGGGGGCUCCGUCCUGGGCAGGCCGGUGGCCAGCGUCCUGGGGGAUCUGCUGCGCGAGGAGCUGGCCCUGCGGUGGGAGCAGCUGGUCCUGGACGCCACGUUCACGGGCGGCGCCCUGGCCUGGGUGCCUGGAAGGUCGCCCCGAGCCGGACAGCUGGUCUACCCUGCCGGGGGCGCCCUGGACAGCCUGCAUUUCCAAGAGAUCAGCCUGACCUCAAGUGGCCGGCCUCGAGUCCUCGGAGCUCCUGGACGCAUCCAGCUCCGGGGGCCUGUCCGGCAGGUGGUGACCUGCACUGUCCAGGGAGAACCCCUGCUGGCCGUGCGCUCCGACUACCACUGUGCCGUGUGGAAGGUCGGGAAGCAGGGGCCGCCCGCCCCUCUGCAGGUGCUGCAGGUCCGUGAAGGCGCCACAGGGAUCAAUCUCAGCCCACACCUGCCAGGGGAGCUGGCAGUCAGCAGCCAAUCUGGAGCCGUCUGUCUGUGGACCCCCCAGGAUGGGCUGCAGCAGGUCUAUAAGGACCCUGAGACCCUCGUGUUCCGUGACCCUUCUCCCUGGCGCUGGGUGGACUUCACUGCGCACCCUCGGGUGCUGACUGUGGGUGACCGCACUGGAGUGAAGCUGGUGGACACCCAGGGCCCGCCCGGCUGUGGUCUGCUGCUGUUCCGUGGGGGCGCAGAGGCCUCCUGCCAGAAGGGGGAACGCGUCCUGCUCGCCCAGUACCUGGGGCAGCCCAGUCCCGACUCUCUGCCCCCUACACUGCAUCUCAUCUGUACCCAGUUCUCGCUGUACCUAGUGGAUGAGCGCUUCCCCCUGGUGCCCAUGCUGAAGUGGGACCAUGGCUUCCCCUCCCCGCCCCUGCUCGCCCAGCUGCUGCCCCCACCCCGGCCUGGCUACCCACAGCCCCUGCUACUGGGAGCCCAUGGUGGGCAGCUGCAGCUGCUGCAGGUCACAGGAGACCUGACCACCGCCCCCAAGCUGGCGGGGCCCCCCCAGUCGCUUCCUUCCAGGACCGACUCUCUCUCUGCGUUUCCCCUGCUGGAGCCCAAGAGCCACUGGCAGCUGCAGGAGCGCCUGGGCGCGCCGAGCAUAGGUCUGGCGGCUGCCUUUGUCCCCGCCUCCCCGACGCCGGCGCUGUCCGUCUUCCAGCUCUCUGAAGCGGGAGACGUCUUCUAUCAGCACCUCCACCUACGGGCGGACUCCAGCCUCUGCCAGGACGAGCCCAGGCCUGGCCGCCAGACCAGCGAGGCAGCAGCACCCGCCCCGGACAAGCCGGCCACACCCCUCACUUCCUGGACCCCACAGGCCACCGCCUGCUGCAGCCGGUGGCUAGAUGCCCUGCUGGAAGUGCCCCCGACUCCGCCUGUUUGGGCUGCGCCCACCUUUUCCCACCGCCGACUGCUCCCACGACUGCUCCCUCAGCUGGAGCCCCAGCAGGUUGGGGGGAAGGUUCUGGAAGCUCUCCGGUCGGCCAUGGCUGAGGGCCGGCUCCUGCAGCACAAGGACGUGGGUUCGCUCCCGGCUGCUGAGCCGCCCCCGGCGCCAGAGUCGGGCCCGGAGGAUGAGCUCAGUGAGCGCCUGGAGGAGGCCUGGGAAGGCCGAGGGGCCGCCUGGUGGGAGAGGCGGCAAGGCAGGACCUCGGGGCUCAGCAGGCAGCCCAGGCGGGCCAAGCGCCGCACUCAGCUCUCCAGCACCUUCUCCUCGCUCAGCGGCCGCCUGGACUUCUCCAAUGCCAACAGCCCACCGCACAGCCCAGACAGGACGUGCCCUGAGGCCAGGCCUCGGGCCCCAGCGCCCUCAGCCUCCCAGGAGUCAACUCAGGAGGCCAGCGUUCAGGGCGUCCCCUCAGAGCGGCGGCAGAGCCUCCGGAGCUACGCCCCCGAGCUGUCGCUCCAGGAGGCCGCCACACCCCCCUCCCAGGCCUCCAGUGCCCGGGCCACCCCCUCCCGGCAGCGCACUCCUGCCCUCGCUGGCUCCCAGCCCCAGCGCAAGAGGCCUCGCAUGGGUUUCUGAGGGCACGGCGAGGCUGGGGCCUCCCAGAGCCCUGGUCCUUGCGGCAGGGCCAGUGGGGCCUUCCACAGGAGGACCCAGAGCGGCUUGGAGCGGGGAAAUCCUGCCUGGGGUGUCUUCCCGUUAGCCUGCAGGUAACUGCAGAAGGCCCGUUGGGAGGACUCUCCAGGAGGUGGUUCAAGAAAGCGGGGCUCCCUGUCGGGGGUGAAUGGGCCCAGCAGCGCCAGCCCCUCAGCGUGUUCAGGAGUGGGGAGACCCUCAGAGCUGCACAUGCCUGGUGCCACCGCAGUGGGGGUGAGCAGCACUGGGGGUGUGUCCCCAGGUGACCUGUCGCUUUGCUCGGGCGAUGCUGGCUGAUGGUUCAGGGACCGAUAAAAUGAGGUACUUCUUUCUUAGACUGGGCUUCUGGCGUCGGGUGUGUGAGGCCUCGCGUCUGAGCUGCUCCCGCGCUGUGCAGGAUCCUGCUCUCCCCCGGGGAGAAGGCACCCAGGGGCAGCCCUGCAGGCCCCAGGCCCUGUCGUAGGCUAGAACGCACAGGUUCAGAGGGCAGCUGACGGAUUAGUUGUGUGUAAGUGUUGGUAACAGACUGACUCGGGUGGAUGUGAAGGUGUUUAUGCACAGGAGGCGUGGACGGGCACACGGCACAGUGGGCGAACGGACGCUCUGAGCACAAGCUGCACGGCACGGCCCUGCAGCCAGGGCUGAGGGAGCCCAGGGGGCGAGCAGGGGACAGGGACACGUCAUCCCUGGGGCCCCAGCG